CGGCAUCCUCCGAACAGCUCUUUUAGCCGGGACGUUAUCCACUACUCUACAAAAUGGCCUCUUCUUCCGUUCUCAGCGAAGAACGAGGCGCAAGGGGAAUACCCAAAGCACCCUUUAUCGAAGAUGUAGAAAAGUAUCUCGGAGGCGCAGAUGCAGAGAUCGAGGGACCUCUUAAAGCCAUCCAGGAUGCGAUAUCCAAGUAUCGUUACAUGGAUUCCAAUUUGAACCAACGACGGCUAAGCUUGGAGGAAAAGAUUCCUGAUAUUCAGAAAACAUUGAGUAUGGUCGAAUAUCUUCAAGAGAGACGAGAAGGCAAAACUUCGCAAUCGGAAGAUGAUCUUGAAGACGAUCUUGAAGACGAAGAACCAACUUCAUCAUCCAAGCCUCUCAAAACCACAUUUGAACUCAACGACACGCUGUUCGCGGAAGCUGAGCUCGAGGACACGGACACGGUCUAUUUGUGGCUAGGUGCCAAUGUAAUGCUUUCAUACAAACUACCCGCUGCCAUACAGCUGCUGCGCUCGAAACUCGAAGCGGCCGAAACAAAUGUAGCAAGUUUAACAGAAGAUCUCGAGUUUCUAAGGGAGCAAUUGACAAUGAUGGAGGUGAAUAUGGCUAGGGUGUAUAACUGGGAUGUCAGGAGAAGAAGAGAGCGUAGAAUAGCAGAGGAGAAAGGGGGAAAGAGUACUUCUGAAAAAGAGGGAGGUUAAAUUCAUUGAGUCCAUUCAAUUUUCAAUUUUCCUGUGUACAAAAGGCGUCUUGAGGCCGUUUAAAGGUGUUCAAACAUUCAAACGUGGGAAUGACUGCACACCUAUCUAAUUGCUUUGUGAAACGUCGAAAACUGGGAUCAGCGCGGGACUGCUAAAAAUGCGGACUGACCCUACCUGACUUCGUCAGCU